AUAACCUUUGACCUGUCAAAGGAUCCUCCCAGCAGAGCCAGUCUUUCACUUUCAGUCCAUUGCCGUGUUCAAAGUAAUCAAAGAGCCCAGUCUCCCCAAUCCGAUGAUAAUAAUUCGAAAAUAAAUAAGCAAAGUUUGAAGGAGUUCUUUACACAAGUGGGAUACAAGAACAUGGAAAUUAAAUUUGAUGGAAAACGUGCACUUGUGACUGGUGCUGGCAAAGGCCUUGGCAGAGCAAUUGCCGUGAAGCUAGCUGCUUGUGGUGCAAAAACAGUGGCACUCAGUCGCACACAAGAUGACCUUGACUCUUUAAAGGCUGAGUGUCCUGCUAUUGAGACAUGUUUAGCAGAUCUGAGUGACUGGACCACAGCGAGGCAGACCAUCCAGGGCCUGGGACACUUUGACCUCCUGGUGAACAGUGCUGGAGUAUCCAGAGUUGGUCCGUUCCUUGAAACUAAAGAAGAAGAUUUUGAUUAUGUCUUCAACACAAAUGUCAAAGCAUUAUACAACGUUUCCCAGGUAGUUGCCAAAUCAAUGGUAGAAAAGAAGUCUGGUGGGGCCAUCGUCCAGCUGUCCAGUGCCGCGUCCACCCAAGCCUUGAAGGACCAUGCUGUUUACUGCUCCACAAAGGGAGCUGUGGAUUCCCUUACCACAGUUAUGGCCCUUGAGCUUGGACCUCACAAUAUCCGCACCAACUGUGUGAACCCGACAGUGACAAUGACCGCCAUGGGGGUCUACGCCUGGAGCGACCCCGCCAAGGCAAACCCGGUCUUGAACCGAAUCCCUCUGGGACGCUUUGCCGAAGUGGAAGAUGUGGUGAACUCUGUCCUGUUCCUGCUCAGUGACAAGGCCUCCUACCUCAACGGGGUCACGCUGCCAGUGGAGGGGGGACUGCUCAUUGGCUAGAGCAAGUGCCACGUCACUCUGACACGUCAGGCUGGGAUAGUGUCAGAAACGGUCAACCAAGUUUUUUCACUUUGGCACUAGUUAAAUCACAGAAUACCUAUGGGAUAGAAUGGGCUUUUGCAAAGCUUGAAUCAUUUUGUCGUUGUUUUUGUUGGGGGGGUUGUUGUUUUCUUUAAUUAAGUUGUUUUUAUUUUUGUUAUUGUUGUUAUUGCUGUUGUUGUUGUUGUUGUUGUUGUUGAUGAUGUUGUUUUCUUCUGUUGUUUUGGGGGCAGGGGGAAGAGGUAUUGUUAGAGUUGGUUCGUUUGGUCUUUAAUGGAGUGCCUUUGUGCAUUCUGUCGAAUAGAUAUUCUGUGGUGGAGACGCACAAAAACGUUGGCCUUUCCCUCAGGCUAUACAUGUGUCGCUGUUAUAACUAUGCCUCGUCCAAUUUCUGGUAUGCAUGUAUUUCCAUAGGCAGAACAUAAUCCAUGUUUUCAUUCCAUCGGCUGCUUCACUGUGGUGUGACAUAAGCUCCAUUCACAAAGAUGUGGACCGAGCACACAAAUCAAUAAAGUUGACGUUCUUGCACGAUCGUCUUUUGCCAUAUUGAAA